CUAAAACGUAGUGUAUGUAUACAUUUUUAGUAUGUUAUCUUUGCUGGUUCAAACGAACCGUUAUCGCAUUAAACAGUCUUUAAAACAGAGCAGAGCAUGUGUUUUAAUUCAGGAGCUGGAACGCUGUAAAUGAGAAAAUGAAAAUGGCGACGAUUGCGUGGAAGACUGUUGCAGUGACUAUCAUCCAGUUUUGUAUGCUUUUUCACUGUAUUCUUGCCGACGGGCAGUUUUAUGGCGGAUCAAUGCGAUAUUCUAUGACAAAACGGCCAGACGACAAUUACACGGUGACUAUCGAACUAGUUACGAUAUGGGUACUCGGCAAAGGUCCAUGUGGUCCAAGUUGCAGUAAAAAAGAUAUUGGUAGAUCAACCCGCUUAACUAGACCUCAGCGGCAAACAUUUUAUCCAUCAUCUCUCGGAAGCUUCAGUUCAGAUUAUAGAAACAAGACUACUCAUCUUGCGGUGUCACAAGACUUAGAUGAUAUUGUGAACAGAUCUUACAACGAAACAGUGAUAGCUGUUAGCGAAGACAGCAGAUUGGAGCAAGAACUGCUUUAUUUUAACUUUUUCUUGCGAAAUGGGACGAACAUAGAUAUCAGUUUUGAAGGAAGUUCCUGGAGAUAUUUAACACUACAGACAAGGCGUAGCAGUGGUUACCCGUUUUGGCAUCUAGAAACCCAGAUAAAUUCCGCUGUACGCAGUGAUACGGAGAAAACCAACCGAAGUCCACAGGGUUUGGCUAAACGCUUUUACAGAGCUAAAUUAGGAACAGUAACAGAGAUAUGUCUUCCUGUAAUCGACGCUGAUGGCGACUUUGUCGAAUGUUCCAUUGCUGAGUACUUUGCAGCAGGUGGACUGGCGAGAAAUCUACCGCCUAAUGUAUACGUCCAUAAAAAUUGCACGGUUUCCAUCAACGCUUCAGAGUCUAGCGGUUAUGCUGAAGACACAUGGAUUGCUGUACCAGUCACUCUAAGAGAUUACACUAGGAAAAAGAUUUAUGCCGGAAAGGACAUUUUUAUGCCAUACACAUAUUCCAUCAGUUCAGCAACUAUUCAGUUUGUCGUUCAAAUAAAAGAAAAUCUUACCACACCGGAGUUUGUAGAACCAACGCCUAAAUGCCAGCAUGAAUUUAUGAUAUACCCUGGAACUACGUGGAGAACAGAAGUAUAUGCUAAAGCACCUAAACAUGCCACAAUAAAAAUUAUAACGGUGUAUGGUGGACAGGGUGAAAAAUAUCUGUCAACAAUGCAGCAAGGACAAACACAUGCUGAAGUUAAGCAUGCAAAUAUAUACUGGAAGCCAUCCAUGGCUGAUAUUGGACCACACAUAGCAUGUGUUAGCGCAACUGAUACUACCGGGGUAGAAUCUUCAGAACAACGCUGCUUUAUAUUGGAUGUUCAAGGUGAAGGAUUCAAUCACACAACAAGUGUUUCUGGUGUGAAACCGUAUUUUGUCAACAUCCCUGCUCCAGAUCAGUUUAUCAACUGCAAAAUUCAGUCGACCUGUGUUGUGGCUUUAUAUGUGAAAUCAUCCACCAAAGUUACAGCUUUAAAUGUGACAGAUAGCAAUGUAGAUCACUAUCAUCUGAGUCCAAUCGAGGAAGUUGUACAUAAUGGCGAACAGAUGUACCAGAUAGAUCUCUCAUUUAAGAAUUCGUUUUACGGGAGGAAAAGUCUCUGCUUAAUGGCGACAGAUAAAAACAGGGAGAGCAGCGACAAGGUUUGCAUACAAUUGCGCAUAGAGCCCAAAGACCCAUGUAUGUCUGAACCUUGUCAAAAUUCAGCAGAAUGCAAGAAGGAUACAGAAACGGACGAUUUCACGUGUCUGUGUAUGCCUCGAUAUUCUGGUAAAACUUGUAGCAUAUGGGAUAAUCCUUGCAAUCCAAGUCCAUGUUAUGUGAAUGGUUCAUACGGAUGCCGCGGUUUUACUGAGGCUCACUGCUAUUGUAAACCAGGUUUUAUUGGAAGAACAUGUUCAGAAAGUAUAAAUGACUGCCACAACGACAGUUGCCACGGCCAAGGAGUUUGUAAGGAUAAAGUGAAUGGUUUUGAAUGCGAAUGUUUUGACCGUUAUAAUGGAACGAGAUGUGAAACAGAUAGAUGUCCAGCGCAAGUAAAUGGAGCUACGACCUGUUCACAAGUGCAUUCGAGUGUAAAUGGGUCAGUUACGUACUUGAAGGUGUCAGCCGGCAGUGACUUUACUUUGAAUUGCACUUUAUCGAUACUACCACCGCAUACAUUCUCUUGGUCAAAGAUCAACGCUUGUGGCGGAAAUUAUGAGACUGUAAAAGGUUCAGUCUUUCACGAGCCACAUGCUGCUGUAGUAGAUUCGGGACAGUACGCUUGUACUACUUCUGACAGAACUGGCAAAAACACCAUUCAUUAUUUCAACGUAGAUGUGACAUCUGUAAACCGACAAGACACCUGUACUUUUGAUGAAAACAGUUUAUGUGACUGGCAACAAGGCAGACACGACAAUUUUGAUUGGACCAUUGAAAAUGGCCCAACUCAGUCUCUGGGAACGGGACCUCCCAACGACCACACCCUUGGAACAUCACAAGGAAGGUACCUGUACAUAGAAACGUCAUCUCCAAGAUCAGUCGGAGAGUACGCCAGUAUUUCUUCUCCUCUUCAGCCAGCAAAUCGAACUAAAUGUUUCGAGUUUUGGUACUAUAUGUUUGGUGAUGGUAUGGGAGGAUUGUUUGUUCUUUUAGAGGAUUCAUGCCUGAAAAAAGAAACCCAGAUUUACAAACAGACAGGAGACCAAGGAGAACGCUGGAUUAAGGCGUCAGUUUCCAUAGCCAGUACCUCCGUUCCACAUGAUUAUAAAAUUGUAAUAAAGGCUGAUGUUGGAACUACCUACCAUGGAGACAUAGCUAUAGAUGACUUGACUAUACAUAAUGGAAACUGUCCAGGUAAUACAAACGCUCCUAUAAUAGGAUGAAGAUAACCAUCGACCCGUCCAGACAGAAAUAUGACACAAAUUUGAAAUUAAGCCGACAGUUGAGAUAAAUCUGACACUUGAUUGUAAUAUUGUUGACAUUAAAAUAUUUCAUUGUUGGAUUCCAAGAGUAAAGAGGUAAUAUAUCGUCAUCUCGGCGCAUAUCAAUGAUAAAGUGCUUCUUUAAGUCAAUGCAGUAAUAAGACUGGUAGGGGUAAAGAUAUGGCUGCAAAAACUAUAACCACUUUACAGUGUGAAAUUUCACCUCAGCACUAAUGGAUGAGGCAAAUUAAAUAAGAAUGAUUAGAUUUGAUUGUGAAUAUUUAGUCAAAUCCAAGUCUGUAAUUGAUUAAUUACAAUUGUUUUAAUUUACUUUUAUCUCAGUUAAUAAUAACUUUCAAAAAUCUCAAAUUUGUUGAUUAAUUAUAAUGAAUUAAAUCAUAAUUAUAAUUAGGACAUUCCUGUUACUAACGCAAGAUUCUCAGAGCAUAAUUUCAUUUGCUAUAUACAUGUGUAAUAAAGUUGAAUUGUCACAAAAUAAGGUUAUAUAAUAUAUAUAUAGUUUUUGUAUUGCAUGACACCGUUUAUUUUGCACCGUUAAUAUUUGAGACUUCAUAUCAUAUCACAUGUUGUAGGCUGUAUGACAUUUUAAAAAGUUUGUUAUGGAUAGUAGCUAGUCAAUUAAGCUAGUUAAUUCUCUUAUAUUUUUAAACAUGUCUACACAAUACAAAAGAUCCAUUUACAUGAUACUUUAUUGUUUGCUUGUAGUAUAUCAUGGAAUAUAGUAACUUGUACUUUCAAUUUAUCUAUUGUUGCAUUUUAUAUCAUUGUAAAUUUUAUUAUGUAUUUUCUUCAGUUUUUUUCGUAUGACCUAUAAUGAAAGAACUCUGAUUUGGAUUAAGGAUUAAUGUAAACAAAUAUUCGUAAAAUCAAUAUCAUAUGCUGCCCGUAUAAUUAUAGACCUCAGUCAACUAUGGUUUUUUCUUUGUUAACCACGGUUAAACCUGGUUUUAGACCAUUGUUUGGUGUUGGUAUUAACAUGGUUGAACAUCCGGAAAAAGGGGAACAAUGAUCUGACCAAGGUUUAACCAAGGUUUUUUCAGGUUUUAUUGUCUAACCAUGUUUGACUAAGUUUGAACCAUGCUUGACUUUUUCCGUAAAAGUUAUUAUGGUCAGAAUAUAAGAAGCAACUCUGGUAGUGUCGUUCGUCAAAAAGCAAAACAAAAAAAAAAAACUAAAAAAAAAAAAAAAAAAAAAAAAAACAACAACAAAAGAAUGUAUUGAAAAAAUAUCGAAUCAAAGCACUGAAAGGACUGAUGUGGGCAGCGGUUGGCAGAUUUUUGUAAUGGGCAUGAACAGUUUGCUUAAGUUUGGUGAUUCUAGUUUAACUACUUUUUAUUAAUAAGCAUUUCCGACCUUUUUUACCAAAUCAAGGGGUAAAAUCUGCUUUUACUCUCAGACUGUCUAAAGGGAUAAAAUAAUAUAUGAGCAAAGCUCAUGCGUUUAUUGAAAAUUUUGUGAGGUUUGGUUAAUCUUGCUCAAAAUCUUUUUUGAAUAAUAAGCAUUUUAACAAAUCAAUGGGAAAACACUUACACUUGCUUUACUUGGUUUUACUGGAACAGUAAAUGUGAGCAAAGGUCAUGGACUAAUAAAUAAUUAUGUGAUGUUAUAACAAGAGCUUGCACGAAGUAACAGAUAAGAAACAGAAAUUAUUUGGUCACAGUGCACUUGACAUUUGACGUAUUGACCUUAAAUCAAUAAUUAUGUGUCAUUUACUAGUCUUAAAUGACUUCCAUAUCAAAUGUAAUCUUAGACCAAAGCAUUAUCUAGUUUUCUGGCAAAAGAAGUUCUGUUGUCAAUAUGGUCUUGACCUUUGACUACUGAACUCAAAAUCAAUAGGGGUCAUCCGCUGGUCAUGACAAAUCUCCCGAUCAACAUUCAUGAUCCUAGGAUUAAGCGUUCUCCAGGUAUCAUCCAGAAACCGAUUGGUGUACAGACCGACCGACAUCCAUCAUCAAACACUAAUAUUUACAAAAUACCCCUCCUCCUUCGAAGUCAUAAGAGGCAAGAAGUCAAUAGAGGAUAGGAGCGAAAGACAAAGAGACACUAAUGGUUGGGUGCAAUAGGGAUCAACUACUUAAAUUGGCAUGUCCAAUCACCCUAUGAGGUUUCAAGAUUCUGGGUCAGGUUCUCAAGUAAACCGUUUUCCAUGUUUAGGCCCCUGUGACCUUGACCUUUAAUAGAGUGAACCCAAAAUCAACAGGGGUCAUAGAUUUACUCUGCAUAUCCAACAUCCUAUGAAGAUUCAACAUUCUGGGUCAAGUGAUUUUCAAGUUAUUAAUCCGAAAGAGUUUUUCUAUCUUCAGGCCACUGUGAUCUUUCCCUUACGUCCAGUGACCCCAGAAAUAUUAAGGGUCAUCUACUCUGUAAUUCCUAUCAUCGUGAUUGAAGGUUCUGUAUCAAAUGAUUCUAAAGUUUAUGGUUGGAAACUAUUUUUUCAUGUUCUGGUUCCUGUGACAUUAACUUUUGAUCAAGUGAUUCAAAAAUCAAUAGGGGUCAUCUGCUCUACAUGUCCAAUCAUCCUAUAAAGUUUUAACAAUCUGUGUCAAGUGGUUCUCAAGUUAUUGAUCAGAAACUGGUUUCUGUGACCUUGACAGGUGAUUUUUUAUUUAUUUUUUUUCAAAUGAGAACUCAUCUUGGUAAAAGUAGGCUAUGAAUAUAUUAUUACAUAGAUAAAACACACUUCAGAAUAGUUCUUACACUAAAAGCAACUAUAAAAGAAUAUUUACAAUGAAAUUAAAGUGUUUUAAUUACUAUUUUAAAACAACCCAAACUACUACUGUCUCCAAUAUCAGCACACAUCAUGAUCUUCAGGUUGCAUUCAGUUAUUUUUCAGCUGUAGAUUAAAUGUAAUAUAUGUCUUAUAAUACAACAUGCAUGUUUUAGUGUUGUUAUAUUUUGUGGUCCUUUUGGAUCAUGGAGUCCAUUCAACAUAUGUGUAACAGAGUUCCGCUUAAGCCGGUGCUAGGGGGCGUAAGAGGUGUUGCACAUUUCAUUACCUCUCAAAUCAAAUCAAGUCUGCUAUUAUUCUUCUUGGUUGCAUUCUAUGCUUCCAAAGGAUCUUUUUACGAAUUUUAUUGUUAAAAACGCGAAUAUUGAAAAUUGAAAUUUUGUUUGAAUUGUCUCAAAUAAUUUCAUUGCAGUCUUCCGGAGCCCGAUAUUGUAUAAUUAUCCGAGAAGAAAUCGUACGCCAGUACGUGAAUAUUUGGGGACGAAAACACCGCGAAUCUACCGGCGAUUAAAAGGCGAGUUUGUUUAAAAUAAUGUUUCUUUGGAAUUAAUUAUACCCUUUAAUGAUAUGCCAGUCACAAACACAAGCUAGAAUGUGAAAUUAAAUCAAAUCGAAGUGCAUAUGUUCGUAUUUUCGGGAAACAGGUACUACGAAAUUUUCGCACCCUCCGUUACGGCUGCAGUUAUUUUCCUAAGUCGUGCAAAUAAACAUUAUUACGUAAAUAUUAUGAAAGGAUCGUAUCUUUCUCUAUUAAAAAUAAAUAAGAUAACACCUA